AUGGGGUACCGCGCCGAGCUGCCGCGCAACCUGAGCAUGAUGUCGGUGCUGGGGCUGUCGUUUGCCAUCAUGGCGGUGCCGUUCGGGCUCAGCACGACGCUGUACAUUACGCUGACGGACGGGCAGGCCGUGACGGUGCUGUGGGGGUGGGUGCUCGUGUCGCUGAUCUCGCUCGCCAUUGCGGCCAGCCUGGCCGAGAUCUGCGCCGUCUACCCUACGGCCGGGGGCGUCUACUACUGGGCCGCGAUGCUGAGUACGCGCCGGUGGGCCCCGAUUGCGUCGUGGAUCGUGGGCUGGCUGACCCUGGUCGGGAACUGGCUCAUUGCGUGCAGUAUUAAUUUCUCUGGCGGGCAGUUGAUUCUGAGUGCCAUUAGUCUGUGGGACGAGGACUUUGUCCCCAAUGCGUGGCAGACGAUCUUGAUGUUUUGGGCCGUCAUGCUCGUCAGCUUCUUGGUGAAUGUCUUUGGCUCGAAGUACCUGGACUUGAUCAAUAAGAUCUGUAUCUACUGGACCGGUGGAAGCGUUAUAGUUAUCCUCAUUACGCUGCUGACAAUGGCCGACGAUAGAAGGAGCGGAGAGUUUGUCUUUGCGCAUUACGAUGCGUCUGCUAGCGGAUGGCCGUCCGGCUGGGCUUUCUUUGUCGGCCUUUUGCAAGCCGCUUACACGCUGACGGGUUACGGCAUGGUUGCCUCCAUGUGCGAGGAAGUGCAAAACCCAGCGCGCGAGGUUCCGAAAGCCAUUGUGCUCUCCGUGGCCGCGGCCGGCGUAACGGGCGUCAUUUAUCUCAUCCCGAUCCUCUUCGUCCUGCCAAACGUCGAGACGCUGCUGAACGUUGCGAAUGGGCAGCCCAUAGGCCUCCUCUUCAAGACGGUGACGGGCAGCGCGGGUGGCGGCUUUGGCUUGUUGUUCCUGCUCCUCGGCAUUCUUGUAUUCGCGGGAAUUGGCGCGCUGACGGCCGCAUCGCGUUGCACCUACGCUUUUGCGCGCGAUGGCGCCAUCCCUGGUAGCCGGCUGUGGUCGCGCGUUGACAAGCGCUUUGGCAUUCCUCUGUGGGGCCUCGUGCUCUCUACUGUCGUUGACUGCCUGCUAGGACUGAUUUAUUUUGGAUCCACGGCUGCUUUUAACAGUUUCACCGGCUGCGCGACCAUUUGCCUCAGUGCGUCGUACGGCGGCCCCAUCCUCGUCUCGGUGCUACGCGGCCGCAAACAGGUGCAACACAGCAGCUUCUCGCUGGGCAAGUUCGGCUUUGCCAUUAACAUCAUGACCAUCUGCUGGAUCGCGCUGGCGUUGGUGCUCUUCUGCAUGCCCGUGUCGCUGCCGGUCGAUGCGACUGACAUGAACUACGCCAGCGCCGUCUUCGCUGGCUUCUCUUCCAUCUCGAUGCUGUGGUACGUCAUCCGGGGGCGGAAGGAGUUCAAGGGCCCGCCCGUCACACAGGACAUCGACCCGGCGGACGUGGGAGUCGUCACGGGCAUGCCGGUCAUGGAUGGACCAGCUGCGGAGGCGGAGCCGGACAAGGAGAUGGCGGAGGCGAAGACGUAG